AUGUCAGUCGAAGAAAAACAAGUACGUUCAGUAUUUGUUGGGAAUAUUCCACAUGGAACAACAGAAGAUCAAAUGAAAGAAAUAUUUUCUGUUAUUGGACCUGUUCUAUCAUUUCGUAUUGUAUUCGAUCGUGAAACAGGAAAUCCAAAAGGAUAUGGAUUUGCUGAAUAUACGGAUAUUGAUAUGGCUCAAAGUGCAAUAAGAAAUUUAAAUGGUUUUGAAUUUAAUGGUCGAACACUUCGUGUUGAUAAAGCAUCAUCACAAGCAGAUGAGUUACGAUUACUUCAUCAACAAACAGUAAGUAGUGUGCCAACAUUUGCAACUGUUCCAACUGCUACUAUUACAUCAGAUAAAAUACCAGAAGUAAUUGCACGAACAAUAGUUAAUCUUCCACCAGAACAAGUUGUUGAUUUAAUGAAACAAAUGCAAAAUAUUAUUAGAGAAUAUCCAAAUGAAGCACGAAAUAUUCUUAUACAAAAUCCUCAAUUAACAUAUUCUAUGUUACAAUCACUUGUUAUUAUGGGGUUAAUAACUCCAAAUGAAGCUGUUAAUAUGUUACAUAAACGAUCCGAUGUUCCUUCAAUAAAUCUUAUAAAUAAUAAUUCUUCAUCAAUACCAGCUGCUAAUUUUCAAACAACGUCAUCAUUAGUACAACAAUCAUCUUCCUUUCCUUCCCAUUUAACAUCAAUGAAUUUUCCAAUGGUAUCAACAACACCUGUACAACAAUCACAAACAAAUUCGAAUAUAACUGGUAACUCGCCUUUAUCACGUACUGAUCAAGAAAAAGCUCAACUAUUAAUGCAAAUAUUACAAUUAAAUGAAACUCAAUUAGCUCAAUUACCAGCUGAUCAACGAGCGAGUAUUAUACUGUUAAAAGAACAAAUACAACAAAGUGGCAUGGUUUCAUUAUAA